AUUCUAAAGUGAAAUCUUGCGUUUUGGAAACAAAAAACUUUGCAAAUGCAAUAUUCAAAGGGUUAUCUUGCGAUUCGUAUGAGUUUGUGGACGAGGUGUUGAGAAAAUUCCAUGAUUUUGUCAUAGUUGACAAUCAAAUCAGCCGAAAAACAAAAGCAUCUUUUUUCAAUACUGGGGUGUUAAAUCAUCUUUUGCGACUUUAUUCUAGAACCGAUUUUGAACCACCAGAAUCUAACAAGACCGUUGCGGGUGUUGUUCACAAGUUUCUAUUAUCAAUAUGUUGUGUACCAGGAAUAGGAAUCUGCUUCCGUGAUGCAGGAUGGUAUUCUAGUAGUCUACAAAGUUUUUUCAUCAACAGCACUGACAAAUCGAAAGAUAGCGGCAAAGUUAAGUUGAAUAAUAUUAUAUUAUCUUCCUUUAUUAAGUCUCUGAAGCCGACUCAGGAUUUAAAGCAACAAGAAUUAUUGUUGAAAAUUUUAGAAGCAUGCCCCGAGUUAGUUCAUGUAUUUUGGCAAUAUACAAAUAUUUCUUUUGAACCUUACCUUUCUUACAAAUGGAUUGCAAAUAUGACACUUUUUCACAAGAUAAUAGCACUACCUGUUCCAUCGCUUUAUAUUUCAGAUACAAAGGUUUACUCUGAAACACCACCUGAAGUUCCUUUGGUAAUGGAUAAUAUACUUCCAAGAAUUUUUGAUCGGUCGAUUUUAAACAAAUGCUUAAAUCACCAGAGCCCAUUAGUUAAAUAUAAGGCGAUAAUAACAUUAUGUGUUAUGUUUCAAAAGCUGGACAAGGUUAAGCGGGCUUUUGAUGAAGCAGCUCGUUGCUUGAAUGUUUUAUCAAAUAAACCAUCUAAUGAAAAAAAGUCGUCUGCUAAAUGGCUUCAAACAAUUGAAUCAAUAUUUGAGGAGAUAAAACGUAGAAUUCCUGACAUUCAGGUUCUUCUUAAAAUUUAUCAUCAAACUCUUACGUGUGAACAAAAGUUAUCGGCCAACCUAAUGCCUGAUGAAGUAACUGAAGAAUAUACAAGAAAUAGUAUGAUACAUGAAAUGGUUCUAAGAUUGAUAAAAUAUUAUCAUCAAUUCUUACCUGAAGCAGUUAUGGAAUCUAAAUUUGAUAUAGGCAAAUUUAUUCCUGCAAAUUUGGAAGAAAUUCAACCAACAAUGCAAUUGCAUAUAUUGGAAUUGUUAUUGUUAGCUUCUGAUUUUAAUUUGUCCAAUAAAUCAGAAAAUAACCGUCUGGCUAUUCUGUUGAAGUUGUAUUCUCAUACACCAUACCCACAAAUAUAUUCCAGUAUUCGACAAGUGCUUAUACACUUGCUUUCUAAAUCACUUCCUUUUCAACAUGACCCAAACGAAGCUAUAAUUUGGUUGGAAUGUUUACCGCGUAUUAUUUCCAUGGAUAAAACUUCUCAAGAAUUGUUUGAAUCAGAUUCGAUCUUGCAAUUUCUCGAUGAAUCUAUUUCAAUAUUUUUCAAAGAUCCAUUUCCUUAUAUUGAUGAGCUUAUCAGUGAUACUGAUUCGAAUGUACAACAGACUGAUAUAAUGGAGAUUGAUGAAUUGCGGAUUGCCAAAGAUAUUAGCAUAGUUUUAGCAGAAAAACUGUGCAAUAUUUAUUAUAACUCAAAAAAUGCACCCUUUUCAUAUCCGUUCAGUCCACUUUUGGCAGUUGUCAUGAAACAAUAUCAGAACAUGAAACCUAUCACUGUUGGAGUCACCUCGUUUUUACACAAACUAUUUAAAAAUUUACUGAAUAAACAAAUUAAACCAUCAUAUUUGCAUGUUUAU